AUGACCAGCGAGCACAGCGUCGAGCAGCGGAAGAGGCGUGAUGACGUGAUCGGCGCGGCGCGGCGGAGCCGAUUGGACAUAGCCGAGAGCUGCAGCCGACAUGACGCCGCAUCAGGACGGCCUGCCGAAGGAAGCCGCCGACGGGGAGACCUGCUCCAGGCCUGGGCCAUCCACAAGGGCAAGUUCCACGAAGGGCUGGACAAGGCGGACCCGUCGGUCUGGAAGACCCGCCUGCGCUGCGCCCUCAACAAGAGCACCGACUUCCAAGAGGUCCCCGAGCGGAGCCACCUCGACAUCUCCGAGCCCUACAAGGUCUACCGCGUCGUCUCCCUGCCGGAAUCCCACGACGCCGACAAGGAAACCGUCAAGGAGGCUGUCCUGGAUCCGGCCCAGCCCUCGACCUCUGGGCACCAAGAGAGCAGAGUGGAGUGUCAGCCAAGCAAGGCGGCACCGUCCUCAGAGUCAGGCCAAGAGAGCGCGGACGGCCCAGCAGGGACCUGUCAGGUCUCCUCAGCGCCACAGAACUUGCAGACGCCAAACCGGGAUGAGCAGCAGGGCUACCAGAUAAAAGGGUAUUUUUGCAACUGGAGCCCAGUGCAGUUCCGCUGUCAUCCGAGUCUUCGUUUCCCGGAUCCCCGGUCCCAGUACGGCUUCAGUGAAAACAUCAAUUCAGAUUGCUGGCUGUACGUCCGCAUCUACUACACAGACGUGCUGGUGAAGGAGGUCACCACCAACUCGUCAGAGGGGUGCCGGAUCACCUACCGCCCGGUGCCGGCCGAAGACGAGCGCCUUUACGGCCCCAGCAGCAUCGAGCAGAUCCAGCUGCCCUCGCCGGAGGCGCUGGCGGGGAACGGCCGGGCGGCCAGGACAGCGGACAUCGUCCAGCGGCUGCUCCCCCACUUGCACCGGGGGGUGCUCCUCUGGGUGGCCCCCGAAGGGCUCUUCUUGAAGCGCCAGUGCCAAGGCCGGGUUUACUGGAAGGGCCCGCUGGCCGCCCACGAUGACCGGCCCAACAAACUGGAGAGGGAGAAAACGUAUAAGUUGCUGGACACGCAGCAGUUCCUCCAACAGUUACGAGGCUACCUGUGCCAUGGAGAGCCGCCCCCCCAGUACCAGAUCCACCUCUGUUUUGGAGAGGAGUAUCCUGCUGCCCCUGGUCAGAAACUCCACAAGUUCAUCAUGGCCCAGGUCGAACCGGUGUUCGCCCGUGAUCUCUUCCAACACGCCCAACGGCUUGGGCCGGGCUCGCUGCCGGAUUCCGAGUCCUGCCGUCCGGACGUUCCUGAGAGUAUUGUCCAGAUUCUGAAACAGCGUUGUCCUCCUUGACUUUUGAAUGAGGGCG